CCCCUCAAUUGCAUUUAGUUUAGCUAGAGCUGCUCCACAAUAUUGUAGCAACAUUUCCAUAGGUGCAAAAAUUGUGCGAAAUACCUUGACGAACGGCCUCAAAAAGGCUGACAAUUACUUGCCAGCCAAUCUUUUCCGCAUCAUACAGAAAACGAAGACCAAGACCCAAUUUCAAGUCCAAAGAGAUGUUGCGUGGCCAGAAUAGCUCCAGUAUGUUGGCCUUAAACACAACCAGCUCCAGUGAGGGAUCAGCAAAUGCUUUGGAUAUGGAUGCAUUGCCCAAACAAUUUGUUUUAUCGAUGAAGAAAUUAUUUGAUAUUCUGGAUGAUAAGCAAAGUGGUUAUGUGAGAUUUGCGGAUAUUGAAAAGGGCUGGCAAGAUGAUGGCUCAAAGGGUUUACCAAGAGGAGUCCUUGACUCUUUACGUCGUGUUACUCCUAGUUGUGGUUUGCUUUCAUUCGAUCGUUUCUGUGCCGGAUUAAAAUUAUGCUUAUUAAGAAAUCAACAGCAACAACAACAACAACAACAGCAGCAGCAGCAUCAGCUUCAUACAAAUGAAAAGCUAACGAAAUCUCUGAGGCCACCAUCUGCUCCACAGUUGGAUAAUAAUGUGGUGACAGCAGCAGCUCCUUUGGCCAAAGUGCGUCCCCGUUCACAAGUGCCAUUAAGUCCCGGGCCAGAGAUGGAAUACAGUUCUCCGGCGCCACCACCAAAGCCUCCGCGUCAGGUGGUAGCCAAAGCGGAUAUUCGUCAUGCCUUGCAAAACUGGCAAUUGAAUAUGCUGAGCAAUGAACGUGAUCGGGAACGAGAUCGUGAUGUGGAUGUCAAGCAAAAGUUCGAGCAUCGCGGCUCGGCAGAUGGUGGAUCUUCAUCAGCCUCGGCAUCGGCUACAGACUGGGGCCUAGCCCUGCCUCCCAAGAAGAUAAAUAGCAAGCGACGUGAAUCCCGUAGACAUACACUCCAACAUGGAAUCGAUUACAAUAUGCUAAAAAGGAUGAAGCAGCUGGAAGAGCAGCGAGAGCUUUUACUCUUUGGUCUGGAAGGUGUUGAGAAGGCUAGGGAUUGGUAUAUGCAACAAGUGUUCAAUAUCCAAGAGCAGAUCAAGUAUUUCGGACGCUUGGGCAAUAGAUUUGAGCAAUGGUCAGAACUGCAGCAGGAGCGUUUGAAUUUCCAACGUGCCCGUGUCUUGGAGGCGAAUCGAAGUCUAGCCAUUCUAACCGAUACCUGGGAGCAUGGCGGCUAUCCGCUUCAUAUUAAUUUGGCGCUGCCCGAUCUCUUGGGUAGAGGAGUAGCAGGACGACGAGAGAACAAGUCACCACUUCUGUCCGAUCUCUAUGAUCACAAUUUACGUGCCAUGUCUAACUUUGUGCUCAGUCAGCCAUCGCCUGUGAGUCAAUCUUCUGCCGGUCUAGGCGAUGCUGAUGUCGUAUAUUAGGAAUCUAGGAUUAGGCGGUAUAGAAACGAUCUUUACUGGUUCAGUUAUUGUACAUAGUGUACCUAUAAUUAUGAUUAUUAAAUGACUCAACAACAAUUAA